AUGGCAGAGGCAUAUUCAACUACAGGAGAUUACGGGAUUAGAACCCUUUACGAACCUGAGAAUGCAAACGUCGAUAUUGUCUUCAUUCAUGGACUGACGGGAAAUCGAGAAACGACAUGGUCUUUUAAACCGACAAAACAGUUCUGGCCACAGAAUCUGUUACCAAAAGACCUUCCAACCGCGCGUAUCACAACCUUCGGCUACGACGCAGACAUUAUUGGGGCGCUGAAGAUCGCGGGCUCAAAUACCAUACGCGACCAUGGAAAAGCUCUGGCACAUGAGCUAGCAGUUUGGCGGAAAAGAACCAAGUCGAACCGUCGCCCUCUGAUAUUCGUGGCACAUAGCCUCGGGGGUCUUGUGACGGAACAGGCACUCCUGAUCAGUCGCGGAGCAGCCCAACAGUACUACAAAGAUAUUUUUGAGUCCACCGUCGCAAUUGCCUUUAUGGGGACUCCACACUUUGGAUCCAACAAGGCCGCAUGGGCAGUACCACUUACACGUUUGGCCAAUGUCCUUCGUACGGCGAAUAAAGAAAUUAUGCAAGUACUUGCGCCAGGGUCCGAAAUGCUCGCCAAUCUCCAACAAGAAUUCCAUUCCAUGCUAGAGGAUUACCGCCAAAAUCAUGGCAAAACGCUGAAGAUAUUUUGCUUUUACGAAGAGGUUGAAGUGACAGGAGUUGGAAAGAUCGUGCCUGACCACUCGGCCAUCCUUUCAUCUUAUCAAAACCGAUCUAUUCAUGCUGAGCGCGUCGUCCAUCCAUUUGAUUGGGCGCAUCAACUUGGCGCCCAAGCCCCCCGCCCCUUGCCCGCACCCUUGACUCGUGACCUGUUUAGCGGCCUGAAAGCCCGGGCACAGAAAAACACUCAAGUUCCCCAUCUCUCCCCAAAGGGCGGUGCGGUAAUUAGCAAUCUGACUGCAAGUAGAGACAUCAAUAUCAAUCAUAUCACGACUAUCCGCCCACUCGCACAAAGUCUCUACCAUUCAUGUUUCAAUUCGUCAGAUAUCUUCAACCAAGCUCGAAAUGACCUUGGUCUACUCGUCUCCGUCCUUGAUGUCACACAAAAAUAUAUCUCUGAUCGUCAAUCAAACGACGCUCAAAGCCCGGAGCUUGAUAGGGCACUAGCAAGCUGCUAUGAAGUGUUGACAGAUCUGUCUCGAAUGAAGGAGCAUUUUGAUAGCGUCGGCUAUCAAGCCCAAACAACAUGGGAGCGUAUGGGAUGGAGUACUGACGAGCUGGCGGAGAUGAGAGCGAGGCUAUCAAUAUGUAUCCAGACUUUGAAUCUGCUGGCCACGACUGAGAAAAGAUACUCAGAAGCGAAUAUCCAGCGCAUAUUGGAAGGAAUUUUUGAGGAGAUCCGAUCUGGCAAAAGAGAUGGAUCAGCUGUUUCAAGUUUCAUGGGCGACACCGUCGCUAUGACCGAAAAAGAGAAGUGGAGGGAAAUUCGCAAAGAAUUACAGACCGUCGGAAUAACUUCUGAGAUGUUUUCUCGACACAUCGAAUUCAUCAAAGGCACAAUUGCAACUGCUGUUCAUGAGGGUGCCCUCGGGGAUAGUGUCCUCGGGAAUAUCUACACUGAACUACAACACAAUUCAGAUUCCAAACCAUUUCCCGCUUCAGCAUCGCGCAAGCGGCCCUCUACCAAAAAGAAAGCGAGCUUAACUCGACUUGAGGCGAGCGAACAGAUGAAACAGAAAGAGCUAAAUGACUCCAGACAAAACCGCGUUCAACUAGAAGAAGUCCUAGGGGCUGACAGAAAAAGGCCCAGUCGGAUCGCUAGGAUGCUAUAUGCGGUUUCUCACGAUGUGAGCGAUCUGUACCAGGCUAUUGACAGUAGCAACUCAUUCAACGUCCAACGACUGGUUGAAAAAGGCGCAGACGUUAGGAAAGGAUUGGACUUUGCCAUUAGGGGUCGAAAUGUCGCAAUGGUAAAGCACCUCGUGGUCUACUUCGGCGGGCAUUCCGCUGCGAUAAAAGAAGCUUUUGAGCUUGCUGCAGAGAUGGCGCACCGGGACAUGGCUCGUGCUAUUCUGGAGCACAUGGAUGAUGCCGGCAAAACACACGCAAUGAUGCAUUCGGCAGAGUUUGGAUACAGUUGGACUGUUCGAAUUUUCAAGGAAUUCGGCAAAGGCCCAAAUACAUACUUGAACGGAACGACAGCCCUGAUUCUGGCUGCCGAGUAUGGUUAUGUGAAUUAUGCCGAGGUUCUCCUGAAAAAUGGGGCGGAUGUCAACCUGCAAACGGGAAAGUACCUGUCGUACACCACAGCAUUCGGGGCCGCCAUGAAGAAUUCCUCUCCCUCGCUUAGAUUCAAGAUGGCGAAACUUUUCAUAUCGUACGGAAUUGAUGUUCACGGUGGGAAUGGCUCUCAGUCACCGCUCACAAUGGCGCAGGCAUUGGGUCAACAGAACAUUAUUAAGCUUCUGAAAAAGGCCGGGGCUACUUAUUGA